AUGGAGCCCAAAAUGGCCGCCGUACACUUGCGAGAAAAAAUGAGAUGGAUCCCAGAAAGUGAUGUCUUGGUUUUUGCCUUAGAGGUGUUGGAGGGAUCCGGCCUUGAACCUCUCCCCGACUCCCUGCGCCCCACAGCCCUUCUCCCGCCAUUUAUCUGCCCCUUUUCACCUCCCCACGCCCGCUUCAACUUGCAGGCUGCCGGGCUAAGCGGGAAGCUGGUCCUCGGGGCUCUGUUUGCAGCGGCUUCGUCCGGCCGGGUAUCCCCGGUCUCGCUGACCCGCCUGGUGCUCCGGUGGCUUUCCCCGGCAGCCGGCGGUCGCAUGUUUCUGGCGGUGGCAGCGGCGGUGCAGAAGCCGGUCGGGGGGCUCCCACCGACACACACACGCACACACGCCCUACCGCUGCCCUUCCCUCUCGGUCCCUGCGAGCGAGGAGGAGCCUGCGUUGCGCCCCUCGCCUGUGCGUUUUUGCGCGCUCGCUCUCUCGACGUCUGUCUGCCUCCCUCUCCCAUCCACGUGGCUUUCUCGGGGAGGGAGCGCUAUAUUAGGAAGGGAGGAAGGAAGAAGCCGAGGCAGCGCUUGGAGAGGGCAUUGUUGCUGCUGCCGCCGCCGCCCCGAGAACGAGAACGAGGGGAGGAAACCAGAGCAGAGCAAGCAAGAGGAUCCCCCUCCUUGCCUAGGAUUGGGGAGGUGCCUCCGUCGUGGCUCGGCGGUGGCGGGUACUUUGGAAGGACAAAGGAGGAGCAGGAGGAGAAGGCGGCGUGCAAAGGCGAUGAGAGCUGCCGGGAAGCAGCGGCGGCGGCGCCAGCAGCCUCUCCGGACGCGAAUAGAUCAACAUUCAACACAGAUGUUCUAGUGCAGAGGGACGAGACUAAAUCUGCCCCCUCUGGAUGCUGCAAGGUCUACGGAGACCCCCGGUUCUGUGCCCGUAUCACCUCUGCUGAAGAACCGCACAUUCACCGGAGAAUAGAGCGAAAUUGGAGAGCAGCUUUGGCGAAAACAAGGGGAAGAAGCGGUGACCUGCCGUGGCAGGAGAAAAUCCAUCAACAGUGCGCCCAGUGUUCAGAAAAGCAGCCAAGUGAAAGGGGCUGGCAAGGUGGAAAAAAAGGAGUUUCAGCAUCUUAACGUGGACGAGGCUUUUUUACUGCCAGUUGCCUGGAACGACAACCUUUGAAAGAGCUAAUCAGCGGCCCUAAUGAAAUAAUUUCCAGAGGAAAAG